GAGUGCUGUGCUGUAUGUAAGCUUAGCAGCUGGGUAGUGUUAUGGUAGCUGCUUUCCUGUGCUAAGCUGAUUUACUUGUUUAAGGUCUGACCUCACCAUCCUGUCAGUAUGGAUUCCCACCUAUACAGUUAACAGCAGCUUAGCAUCGGCUUGAAGUGCUAGCAGUAUAUUGUCAGAAAAAAAGAGGGCUACUGGUAUUUGUUCCUUUGUCGUCUUUUCUUAAGAAGAGGCGCUGAAACACAAGAGAUAACAAAGAAUCCAUUUCCUUUCUAAAAGAAUAGGCUUUUGUUCUUUUUUCCUGCAAAAAUGUCAGUUUCUGGAAAGAAAGAGUUUGAUGUGAAACAGAUCCUAAGGCUACGCUGGAGGUGGUUCAGUCACCCCUCUCAAGGUUCCACAGGCACUGGAGGCUGCCUUCAGGAAGGAUAUGAGCAUAGAGGGACACCGGUUCAGAAUAGGUUGAAGAGCCACUCUCGGGACAGAAAUGGGCUAAAGAAAAACAACAGUCCAGUUCACCACAAUAUACUGGCACCAGUGCCAGGUCCAACCCCUGUGCACCACCGAUCUAUUCAAACCUGGCAUCAACAAAACCUCAUAGAACAGCUGCGAGCAAAUGAGGAUAUCCCCAAAGCAAGCACAGAGGAAAAUUGUGUCAAAGAAGAUUCAAGUAAAAAUAUACAGGAGUUGCAGAUGAUCACAGACGACAAUACAGAUGAACCCACUGAGAGAUUAUCAAUAGCUAGCUGUUCACCCACUGGAAUGAACACCAAUGGCUCAGACGAAUACUUCCAAUCUACAAAUCAUGCAGAGCAGACAUUUCGCAAGAUGGAGAACUAUCUCCAGCAGAAGCAGCUGUGUGAUGUUCUUCUCAUUGCUGGAAAUCACAAGAUUCCAGCUCACAGAUUGGUUCUUAGCGCUGUGUCUGAUUAUUUUGCUGCAAUGUUUACUAAUGAUGUGCGUGAAGCAAAAGAAGAAGAGAUCAAAAUGGAAGGAGUGGACCCAGAUGCACUAAAAGCUUUGGUGCACUAUGCCUAUACAGGAGUUUUAGAGUUAAAGGAAGACACUAUAGAAAGUUUGCUGGCUGCAGCUUGUCUUCUCCAGCUGUCUCAAGUCAUUGAAGUGUGUUGCAACUUUCUCAUGAAGCAGCUCCAUCCUUCAAACUGUUUAGGGAUUCGAUCCUUUGGAGACGCACAGGGUUGCAUGGAACUCUUGAAGGUGGCACAUCUGUACACUAUGGAACACUUCACAGAAGUAAUAAAGAAUCAGGAAUUUCUUUUGCUUCCUGCUAGUGAAAUUGCAAAACUCCUGUCUAGCGAUGACAUCAAUGUACCAGAUGAAGAAGCUAUAUUCCAGGCUUUAAUGAUGUGGGUGAGACAUGAUUUGCAAAGCAGGCAACAAGACCUAGGAAUGCUCCUCUCUUACAUUAGGCUGCCGCUACUCCCACCACAGUUACUAGCAGAUCUUGAAAAUAGCCCAAUGUUCACACAUGACCUUGAGUGUCAGAAACUUCUUAUGGAAGCUAUGAAGUAUCAUCUCCUACCGGAAAGAAGGUCCAUGCUGCAGAGUCCUCGAACUAAACCUAGGAAGUCUACAGUGGGUGCACUUUAUGCUGUGGGAGGCAUGGAUGCUACUAAAGGUACCACUACAAUUGAGAAAUAUGACCUUAGGACAAACAGUUGGAUACAAAUUGGUACCAUGAAUGGUAGACGAUUGCAGUUUGGAGUAGCAGUAAUAGACAACAAGCUCUAUAUUGUGGGAGGAAGAGAUGGCCUGAAAACCUCUAAUACAGUUGAAUGUUUCAAUCCAACUACCAAAGUUUGGACUAUAAUGCCUCCUAUGUCAACUCACAGACACGGCUUAGGCGUAGCAAUGCUUGAAGGACCAAUGUAUGCUGUUGGCGGUCAUGAUGGAUGGAGUUAUCUUAAUACAGUAGAAAGAUGGGACCCCCAGGCACGGCAAUGGAAUUAUGUUGCUAGCAUGUCAACUCCUAGAAGCACAGUGGGGGUUGCCCCAUUAAAUAGCAAAUUAUAUGCUGUUGGUGGACGGGACGGUAGCUCCUGCUUAAAAUCCAUGGAAUGCUUUGAUCCUCAUACUAACAAAUGGAGUAUGUGUGCUUCAAUGUCUAAGAGGCGAGGCGGUGUUGGUGUUGCAACGUACAAUGGAUUUUUAUAUGCAGUGGGAGGUCAUGACGCACCUGCUUCCAACCACUGUUCUAGACUUUCUGAUUGUGUGGAAAGAUAUGAUCCUAAAACUGACACCUGGACAACAGUGGCACCUUUAAGCGUACCACGUGAUGCUGUUGGCGUCUGUCCUCUUGGGGACAGAUUAUAUGCAAUAGGAGGCUAUGAUGGACACAGUUACCUGGACACUGUGGAGUCAUAUGAUGCACAAAAUAAUGAAUGGACAGAGGAAGUCCCUGUCAAUAUUGGAAGAGCUGGAGCUUGUGUUGUUGUGGUGAAAUUGCCAUGAUGGAUGUCCCUGGUGUGAAAUAAACCCUGAGUACAGUUCCAUAAAAACCAUGUGACAGGAGGAGAAGAGACAAGUUCCAGAACAUACUACAAACUACAUACAUUCUUGCAGCUCUCUACUGGAGGAAGACUCAGAUCUGAGCCAUUACGUGGUUUGAGCACAAAACUGAAGUUUAUCUCCAUUGCACAGACAGGCUUUUGCAAAACAUGAAUCAUAUGCAAAUAUCAAUAUUUUGUUACACCUGAUACACAGUAAUACAAUAAUAAUGUUUAAAUGGUUCAAGUCUAUUAUAAAACUUUACUUGUUGUUGUUAAUAAUAUACAACAGCAGCUAAAGUGAUAGAUGUGUGUCACUGAAUAAGACUUAAUAGACAUUUUCUUGUCCGUAUCAGCAGCAAUGUUUAUAUGUUUCGAAAACAAGAAAUUUGUGUUUAAGUAAGUGAAAAGCAGACACUGGAUAAAAUAAAUCUUCAAUGAUAGGUAACUGUGCAAAAGGCUGUUUGAGAACUAACACUGGCAACUGAAAAUCACAGUAAAAGUUCCUUUAAUGUAAGUUUACAUUUAAUGACAUCUAAUUUCACAAAUGAGAAUAUUUAGUGGAUUUUUAAAAAGCAUAUAGAAGCAAAUUAUAUCAGAAAAUUGUGGAACUGAUUCAAAGCCAAAUUACAAAAUCUAGUUACUAAUAAUAAGUGUGAUACUGUCUAACCUUUUAUUAUUAAACACUAUGACAGAAUAAUCAUUUUUAGCAAUACAGACGAUUAAAUUCUCUAACAUUUUAAAAUAUCUGCCCGAGUCUGAACAAAUCAUUCUUUUAUUAAGUUUCUGCCACUGAAAUGAAAUCUCAUUUAUAAAAAAAGAUUGCUAAUGUAACUUGCAGUAUCUAAAAAUUGGUAAUUUGAUAAUGUAUUGAUAUGCACUAGUCGCACCCUGAUCACACAGUCAGUUUAUUGCCCACUAACCAUCUGUCAAAAUAUUUUAAAGAAAUUUGGCUUUUUUGGAAUAAUCAGCAUGCAUUAGACUUAUCACUGGUAAAAUGUUAGUGUAAUUACAUUCAUCAAAUAUAGCUUACAUAAUGGGAAAAUGUAUAUCAUAUUGAUAUGACAAUCUAGGACCUCAGCUGAAGAGUGCCAGCUUCCUCACAUGUACAGUAGAAAAUAAUGUAGUCAAAGAACAUGUGUACUGUGUAACAUUAUGUACCAUUAAAAUAAGCAUGUUUACAUUUUAUCUGAAACCAGCUAGAAUGCUAAGAAUGAAGAUAAACUUCACUGAAUCAAAGGAUCACUUGAAAAACAGCACAUAAUAUUCAACUGCAUUACAUCUCUUUCAUGUGCCAGUUUAUAUGAAGGAUUUUUUUUUCAUUUCUGAUAAUUUUGUGUGCUGGAAUUAUACAUUAGGGAAUGUUAUCAUAUAUGUAAAAUGUUCUAUACCGUAAAACAUGAUAUUUGGAUAGUGUCUAUGUUAGCCUUUAAAACUCAUCAUCAUUUCAUUCUGAGAAAAAAUCAGGGUAAAAUAGUAACAAAUGUGCUUUAUGAAUAUGUAGACAACUUUGGGAAUGGAAUGUUGCAUUUUCAGAACUCUUCAAUAUGCUGUUUUAACAGGCUUUAUACUAUAUAUUGUGUAGAAAAGUUCUAAGACUCAGCAACCAUGGGAUUAUUUAUAAAAAUAAAAUGUUUUUAAAGUUGCAAAUCAA